CACGCGGUAUUCGCCCCUCUUUCUCUUCCCCGUCUUAAGGAACACGAUAAAAAUCGACCAAGGAUUCGAAAGGGGCUUCCGCCGGCCGGGAAGCGAAGAGGGAGCGAGAUGGGUGCGACGGAAUCCGUGCCUGAGACCUCUGUACACGAAUUCACCGUCAAGGAUUGCAACGGCAAGGAGGUGUGUCUGGAGAUGUACAAGGGGAAGGUCCUCCUCAUCGUCAACGUCGCCUCCAAAUGCGGGUUUACAGAGACCAAUUACACGCAGCUGACAGAUCUUUAUCAGAAGCACAGGGAUAAAGACUUUGAAAUAUUAGCAUUCCCCUGCAACCAGUUCUUACGACAAGAGCCAGGCAGUGACCAGCAGAUAAAAGACUUUGCUUGCCAACGAUUCAAAGCUGAAUAUCCAGUUUUUCAGAAGGUGCGCGUAAAUGGCCCGGAUGCUGCACCACUUUACAAGUUUCUUAAAGCCAGCAAACCUGGUUUGUUUGGUUCAAGAAUCAAAUGGAACUUUACCAAGUUUCUUGUUGAUAAGAAUGGAAAAGUCAUCAACAGAUAUGCAACUGCAACCACUCCAUUUGCAUUUGAGAAAGAUAUCCUGAAGGCACUUGAGGAGGUUCCAAAUUUGCAGAAAGACACCCCGAAGGCAUCUGAGGAGGUCCCAGAUUUGCUGAAAGACACCCCGAAGGCACCCGAGUCGGAAUAGACCUCCCUCUCCCACUUGCAGUUAUGCACUCUGCAAAAGUACCCUCACUGUAAUAUUUAGAUAUCAAGUUUCCUGCCAGUAAUUUUUUUGUGAUAUUUCCCCUGAUUUCGUCCUUUGUGCUUAUUGUAUUUGCCAAUUUUGUUUUACGUAAGUAGAAGAUGAGUAGCCACCAUUUUAUUAGUACCGCUCUAUUAUUUUUACUUUGGGAAGGAACGUGAACAUAUGGAUAAACUGGAAGUAUAUACAGUUUAUGUAAGUUCAGUUUUUGUGCUCAUCA